CAAAGAAGAAAACCAUGCACAUGGAGACUAGUUUCAUCGGGUACGACUCUCUUGCGAAUCAGUAUAAAGUAUUGUUCUUACCAAAGUACAAUCCUGAGCAGCCUUGUCUAGUUUUUACAUUGGGAGAAACAACAACGAAGUGGAAGACUAUACAAGGCGUUGAAUCUCACCAUCCAUUGCAAGGUGCAGUUUGCAUCAACGGGACAAUCUAUUACCAAGCAGGGAUUGUUGAUCAAUAUGACUCUACUUCUUUAUAUAAAUUGAUGAGUUUUGAUGUUAGGUCUGAAGAGUUUUAUAAUGUUGACGCUCCUAAAACAUUGAUGGAUUAUCGUUCGUAUCUUAUAAACUAUCAAGGGAAGUUAGGAUUGGUGUGUUGCGAAAAGGGCUUGGAGAUUUGGGUUAUGGAGACACAAGGAUGGUCCAAGAUUUUCUUUAGUGAUGAGAUGGAGGGUUCUAACAAAUGGUGUAGCAUGGGUGUUACUCGUGGUGGUGAGAUCGUUCUUGUCAAGUGUGCCUACCGUACUCAAGACAUGUUGUUUGUCUUAUAUUAUGAUCCAGAGCGAAAAAGUAAUAGAUAUGUGGACCUUGAAAGCAUUUAUCCGAAGGAAAAAAGGCGUACCGAUUGUAUAAUUUGGACGGUUCCAGAUUAUGUUGAGAACACAAUGCGUUUGUAUUAGUUAACAAUUUUCUAAUAUAGCUUAAUUAAUUAU